GGAGGGGGUGGACGGAGACUACCUCUCGUCGUAGUUGACGGUGUCGGUGGCACAGAUGGGCGCGACUCUCCCCAGCUGAACCGGCCACCGAUCCCGCAGCAGCCAGCGGUCACCCGAUGCUGCCGGAAGCCGGCCGGCCGCGGUUGGAUGAGCCACAUCUUGCGGAUGACACUCGGCUAGAACUGGCACCAUGCUCCCCCGAAACAUGCGAACAGGUGGUUACGACCUGCCGGGGGUGGAGUCAACCGACGUGCCUCUCAUUGGCUACCGGCCCUUGCAGCCCGACAGCCCGGGCAACCAAUCACGGAGGGGGAGCGGCGUCGACGAAUGGGAGACUUCACAGGCGGACCCCUCACCAAUGAAGACCACCUGGUACUGUCCUCUAGAACUGUCCACGGUGGUGGAGGAGCAGGACGACGGGGUGAUCUACACAGUGGUGGUCAAGCAGCAGCACGGGGCCCCCACCAGUCCGGCGUCGGUUUCUCGCUCCCAGUGUGUGAAAGCGGGGACGGAGGAGAAGCUGGUGCUCCACCUCCUCCACUCCUUCUCCAUGGGGGACUCCUCCUUCAUCACCAUCUUCCUCUCCACCUAUCGGUCGUUCACCUCCACAGGCCGAGUGCUGGACAUCCUCACUGACAGAUUGGAGAACCCGCCCGGGGGCAACGAGGGGAGCCGGAUGAGACAAUCUUUCAACCGGGCCGUGUGCACGGUGUUCAGCACGUGGCUCUCCGAGUACCCCGAAGACUUUAAGAGUUUGGAGGAGCCCUCGCGCCUGCUGCGCCUCGUCCCCCUGCUCCCCCAGGACUCCUCGUCUGCAGCCGACCUCAGCGCUCGCAUCCUCAGGAUAGCCGAGGCGCUCAGCGAGAAAGCCCUGCUCCCGGACGCCCGCAAAGAUCACACCGGUCCCACCGGCCCUCCACCGGACGCCUCCAAGUUUGAACCCACCAGCGUCCUUGGCUUCCCCGCAGCGCUCAUCGCUGAGCAGCUCACCAGAUUAGAGACAGAGCUGUUUGUCCGUCUGGUCCCGUACCACUGCCUCGGCUCGCUGUGGUCCCAGAGGGACAAGAAAGGGAGGGAGGGCGUUUGUUGGUCCGUCCGGGCCACCAUACGUCAGUUCAACAAGCUGGCCAACGCGGUCUUGGCCUCCUGCCUUUGGCCCACCGGCCUGCGCAGCCAGCAGAGAGCGCGGCUGCUGGAGAAGUGGAUCAGCGUGGCAGAGGAGUGCCGCGCCAGGAAGAACUUCUCCUCGCUGUAUGCCAUCGUGUCCGCCCUGCAGAGCAAUCCCAUCCACAGGCUGAGGAAAACGUGGCAGGACACUGACAGGGAAGCUGUGAGGAGAUACGAGGAGCUGUCAGAGAUCUUCUCAGACAAGGACAACUACUCACAAAGCAGAGAGCUCCUGAAGGAGGAGGGAACAGCAAAGUUUGCCAACCUGGACAGCAGACCCAACAACAAGCUCCUUAACCGGACCAACGCGCAGGGCACUGUGCCCUACCUGGGCAUCUUCCUCACAGACCUCACCAUGCUGGACACGGCGGUCAAAGACAGGCUGGAUAACGGCUACAUCAACUUCGACAAAAGGAGAAGGGAAUUUGAGGUUUUAGCUCAAAUCCGGCUCCUGCAGUCUUCCUGCAAAAACUGUGUUUUCACCACCGAUGAGGCCUUCGCACGGUGGUAUCAGAGCGUCCCGUUGCUAACGGAGGCGGAGAGCUACAGACUGUCCAAUGAAAUCGAAGCGCCCGGUGAGCCGAGCCCGCGCGGCGUUCCCCCGACAGUCAUCAUCACACAGUGCCCGAACCUGAGCACCUCUCGGAACAGCCUGACCGGCGACAGUGACAGUCUCUUUGACUUCCCCUCCCCUGUCAAUAAUCUACUCUCAAAACUCACAAAGCACAUGAAAUCCCCGUCCGUGUCCUGCCUGGACGUGGACACGUCUUCUUCGACCAACGACUCCACCCCCGCCGCGCUGACUCCAUCCACGCCCACCAAAUCGCACCGCCGGUCGAUCUCCUGCGGCAACAACCCCCCCAAUAACAUCCAAGGGUCGGGGCCCGAAAUGCGAAUCAUCAGGAUACGGAUGGACCUGCAGGAUGGGAACCUGUACAGGAGCAUACUGGUCACAAGCAACGACAAGUCCCCCACUGUUAUCAGCUCGGCCUUAGAAAAGCACAACCAGGACCCCAAACAGACAUCCAGAUAUGAGCUGAUCCAGCUCCUGCCUGAAGGAAAAGAACUGGUGAUCCCUGCUACAGGAAACGUCUUCUACGCCAUGUCGUCAUCCAGUGUGGACUUCCUGUUGAGGAGGAAAGGCGGGAUCGCUCCUCCGGGCUCACAGCCGAUCAACACGGAGACGAGCGCCACCUUUCCUCGAAUCAAGGCCAAGGGAAGGAGACUGGUCAGGACACUAUUUUGACGUCCGCUUUUUUUUUUUUUCUCUCGACCCAACGUUGUCUGUGUCCUCGGUGAACGUGGCCUCCCACACGCGCCUUUUCCACCCGCUGCCCCCCUACACGGCUUGUUCUACCGAAACACCAAAGCCAGGACCGAGUUUCCCUCAGCAGGUUCUGUCCAACAUUUCAUACCUCCAGCCGUCCUGCUGCUGUCCGUUUUCAAACAAUAUGCAUUAACCAUUCAAGCGCAAUGGAAGCCUUUAACUGUGUGCUUUUGGUGCCGGCUUCAGAGUCCCAGUCCGGUAACACUUGAUUUAUUUUCUUCCUUUCCAAUGAGGAAGGUCUUUUUUUUUUUAAAAACCUCUUGUGGUCUAAAUGCUAAAGCGCAUUUAAUUGGUCGGAACCUGAGCGCUCGCCUGAGAUGCCAUUAAAGGAUCAGGGAAAGCUGUUUUUUAAUGGGGAAGAUGCAUAAUAUAAGGAGCCUAUCAGGUCCUGGUUCUAACAGCACCCACGAGCAGGGCCCAAAGACACACUGGAGCUUGUCAAAUGAGAGAUAUAUAUGUGUUUUGUUUAUAUUUAUAUAUUUUGUACAUGUGUAUGUUAACGUUGUGUACACUGACGGGGAGCUCUGGGUCCACUUUUCCAAUGUUUUAUUCCCAGAGGGAAAGAAAUGCUUUAAAUACCUGCAAGCUUUCCACUUUAAAGAGGCCAGCACGUGUUUCCAGACAGUGAGAGGAAUUAUUUCAGCUUUGAGACUGAUUUCAUCUUACACUUAAAGCUACAUUAGUUCAUCUUUUUGUCAUAACAAUUCAUUACAUUACUCAAAUUGUGGAAGGGGCUGCUGUUAUUAAGUAAAGAAAAAUCCUCCCUGCAGCUCAAUAGAGAUUUUUGGCCUUUCAAAGCGCUGGAAACUCCCUCAAGGUUUCCUUCUAGUUGCUUUUACGGAGCCUGUUUCCAGGAGCAGCUCUGACAAACCCGACAUGUAGCCAGUGGAAACGAUUCCAACAUCCGUUUUCUAACGGGACAAUUGAUUUUCUUAAAUGCUGCUUAGGAUCAAACUAAUGUUUUUUUUAAAAAGUGAUCUUAUCACACAGACGGGAAUACGACACCAGGUGAAUACUUCCUCUUCAGCUGGGAGUUGGCAGCUGUUCUCUAACAACCAGAGUAAGUUCAUCAGCAGUCAUUCAAACAGUCCGGACUCUUCUGACCCCUAGUGGCCAGAAGCUUCAAAAUAAACCCUUAGUAGCACUUUCAAAUCCCGUGGCUUCGCUUGGGUUUGUCCCCGCGGCAUCUAAAAGGUGAGGGAAAGAACGUCAAAACGUCCCGACAGAGGCUCAACAGUUUGACACACACACACACACACAUACUCUCCUGUUUGUUCUUAAUCUGGACUUUGGGACCUCUGGUUGCAUCCGCUCGGUGCUGUUGAGGCCUUCCCGCUGGCUGAAGCACGAGUGCACAACGGAAACCGGGCAGAGGAUUCUGGGUAAUAAUGGAUGACGCGGGCUAGCGUUCUGCUGUUCUGCUGAUUGUUUUCAGUGCCUUCCUCGAACAAGACGCACAUUAUCCAGCGUGUUUGCGUUAGAAUGUAUCCAGUAUACACGGAGGCGACGCAGCCGCCUCAAGUGCUGCGCGGCCUCACGUCAAAGCUAUUUAUGCACUACAUACAGGAUGUCCUAUUUUUGUGGUAAUAAAUUUACUUUUAUAUGAA